AAAAAUAAAAGGAAGGCAUUUUUCAUUCUUUUUUUUCUUUCGAAAAAUGGCUGCAACCACACUCUCCGUCCGGCCGAACCGUCUAAUUCCAGGCACCCAUAUUCCUAGACCACCGGUCAACUUUCCCAACCAAACCCAGCCUUCUUUUAAGCCCGCGAACACCGAGCCUUGGAGAAUCGCGACAAUCGUCCACGCCCCGCGAAUAUUAGCCGCUCGAGCUGGUUCACGAGCUGAUGACUCCGCUCCGUUUGAGAUGUCUGUUGAGAACGCUCUCAAGCUCCUUGGAGUUUCCGAAAGUGCUUCUUUUGAUGAUAUUCUUCGCGCCAAGAAUUCGAUUGUGGCCUCUAUUAAGGAUGACCAGGAAGCUAUUGCUCAGGUUGAGGCUGCUUAUGAUAUGCUGCUCAUGCGGAGCUUAACCCAACGACGUGCCGGGAAUGUCGUGGACAGAAGCAUUAGAUAUGCAGAUGUUAAACCUGUUAAUCCUCCCGGGGUGCGAUCAAUGCCUCGGUGGGUGCAAACAACUUUGAAGAAUUUACCCGUGUCAGUUGAAACUCCAGUUUCAACUGAAUUGGGCAUACAAGCCAGUGUGUAUGGGGCUCUUAUGGUUCUAACUUAUGUGAAUGAGUCCUCUGUGAUUCCUUACGCCGGACCUGAUGUUCCGGGGCUUAUCUUAGCAAGUAGCUUUGGAGCUUCCUUGUACUUUAUGACCAGAAAGAAUGUGAAGUUAGGCAAGGCUACAUUGAUUACUAUAGGGGGACUUGUUGCUGGUGCAGUGGUGGGAUCAGCUGUUGAAAACUGGUUGCAGGUAGAUAUCGUCCCGUUUCUCGGAAUACACUUACCGGCUACCGUUGUUAGUGAAUUCAUACUCUUCUUGCAGUUCUUGGUUUCUCUGUAUCUAAGGUAGGAAUAAGAGAAUGUGGAAUGACUGGAAUCUAAAUUGUAGAACCUGUAAUUAUUCAUUUGCAUGAUCAUAAUCAAGCUUUUCUAGGAUGUGUAUCAUUGCAUGUUGUACAAAACUACAAAUAGAAGAUGGUGAAACUUCCUUCCCUCUGAAAACCUGAUAAAAUAUUAUG